UUACUAACUCUAUGGUGCAGUAAAUAAACAUGGCCGCCGAUUGGGCUAUGACGAUGUAAACUUUUGUUUGUUGUUUAUUCGUUUUCUAAAUAAUUUUGAAAUGAUUAGUGAUUUUGAAAACUUAUCCCUUAGUGGAAAUAAUCCUGCAAAUAACCAUGGAGAUCCUUUCUCCCAUACGGAAUUAACGCCUGAACAGCAGAAAACAUUAAUAGACAUUAGAAGACGGAAAACAGAAUUGUUGUUGGAAAUACAGAUUGUUUUGGAGUGGCGUUUGUUGUAG